AUGACAGAACUCGCUGAUGAUGCCGACUACGAUGCCGGCGAAACGUUUAAGAAUGUACCAAGUUCAAUGUCUGAUGCUGGAAAUCAUGACAACUACUUUGGCGGAGGACUUCGGACUACAUGCGUUCUAUCUAGUCGCUUUGACAACAAGACCAUGUUGCGACAACGAGGUCAACCCACUUCUAUAAAUCGAAAGGAGACUGCUGCCAUACCAGAGGCCACAACAUCUUGA